AGUAGUAUUUUACAUCAUUACUAUUGUUUGAAAUUGUAUGCCGAUUCACAUUCAUCCGAGGCGACGGGAAUGCAUCAGGACCACCGUCGGAGACUUAAGUUUACAUGAAGUACUUGAAGGCACCAUUAAACAGGCUUGCUAGCUACAGUCGAUGCUCCAAUGAGCUGUAGCCAUGUAACACUGGUGGAAGGGUCUCUUUGAGGAUCACUGCUGGCUAAUAGUUCUUCGUCUUCAGACAGGAGCACCAAACAUCGAAAGAUGGGCGAGUUUGCGAGCAGUGUUCCCGGCCAGAUAACCGUGUACUCCAUACAGGGCUGUCCACACUGCGUGCAGGCGAAGGCCACCCUGGGGCGAUUAGGGGUGCCAGUGCACGAUGUGGACAUCGGCAGGCAUUCCGAGCUGAGGGCGAAGUUGAAGGAGCUGACGAGUCGCAGCACUGUACCCCAGAUCUUCUUCAACAGCGUUUAUGUUGGGGGCAAUGAAGAACUGCAGAAAUUGGCUCCUGAGGAGCUUCAGAGGUUGGUGUCGUUGGUCAGGACAGAACCUCUGCCUGCUGAUGCUCUCCCGUUACCUGAGGAGAAUCCAUCGGAGCGUGCAGACCUGGAGACGGAUAACGAGUUUAGGUGUGAAAGAGAUGAGUUGGCAGACCUGGUGGAGGACUUCAAGCAUGCAGGUGUGAUUGGCAGUCACAGGAGGGGGCUGACUUUGUACAAAAUGAGCUUCUUAGGCAGUCAGCUAGUUGACUGGCUGCACAAAGAAAAGGGCAUGGGCGGGGAUGAUGCUCGCCAUACGGGCCUGGCGUUGUUGCAGAAGAAGUACAUGGUGGGAGUGUAUGGCUGUGGGAUGAAGGGUAGCAGUUUUGUCGCGGAAAAAGACGCCACGGAGACGCUGUACCGGCUGCUGGAAGACGACCCCCAUUCGGCUCUCAAUGCAGGACGCACUGCCACCUGCAGUCCCAUACAGGCUGCUGAGCUGUCUUUGCUUUUACGAGAGAUGAUCCUGAAACUAUUCUCGGAGCAUCUCUCUGCUGAUGGCAAGUCUGUUGACUAUAAAGGCAUGUCUGUGAACCCGGCGUUCGAGCGCUACUGUGACCUCGCCAUUCAGCUCCAGAGGGUGGAGCUGCUGUCGCUGAGCCGGGAGGAGAAGCUGGCCUUCUUCAUCAACAUAUACAACGCCUUAGUCAUCCACGGGUACCUACGGCUCGGGGCCCCCACCAACUGGUGGCAUCGAUACAGGUUCUUCAAUUAUGUAAGUUACUUGAUUGGAGGAGAGGUUUUCACAUUACAAGACAUUGAAAAUGGCGUCCUGAGAGGGAACAGAAAAGGUGUGGCACAGCUGCGAAAGCCUUUCUCCAAGACGGAUCCACGGCUUCAGGUGGCCCUCCCAGAUGUUGAGCCUCUCAUUCAUUUUGCCUUGAAUUGUGGAGCAAAGGGCUGCCCUCCUAUUAAAACAUACACCCCACAGGAUAUCGACAGCCAACUCCGCACAGCAGCUGAGGCCUUUCUGGAAAAUGAUGACGCUUGUGUGGUGGAUUCUGGGAAAGGAGAGGUGCGACUCAGUCAGAUAUUCAAGUGGUACAGGGCGGAUUUUGGAGACACAGAUGAGAAGCUUCUGAAAUGGGUGCUGGAUCACAUGAGCGACUCUCCAAAGAAGACCAGCCUUCAGGGUGUUCUUUCAGGCGGAAAGACCAAAGUCAGCUUCCUCCCUUACGACUGGAGCUCCAACAGCUCCCACUGAGCAUGCACGCAAUUUUGUACCUCGUUUGUUUCUACUGAGCUGCAUUUACCUGUCUGCAAGGUGAAUGAAUUAUAACCUGGAUGAGAUGCACAUUUGCACUAACACGCAAAAAUGCUUUUUAGGCAGACUUUCUCUAACUAAAAACCACUUUGGAUUGCUUUCCGUCUUUAAAAGGGAAACGUUUUGACAAAAAAACAAGCAUAUAUUUCAUCAGCUUACCUUAUAGAUUCAAACAUCCAUUCUAUGCUAUAAACUUGAAUGCUCAUUAGCUUUGUGCUGGCCUGUCCAUGCCUAAAACUCAGGAGUGUGCUCUCAGUGCAGUUUCUCAUUAGCCAGGGUAAUCAUGUGGCAGGUUUCAUCAGAGCUGCCUUUCUAAGCCAUAUCAUUCACAAACCUGCUCUUUCAUGUGUAGCAAACCUAAAGAUUCACAUUGGCAUGCUUUUUUUCCAGCAUCAUUUUUUUUCUGUAAGUUUAAAGCUGCUUUCUUCUGCAUGGGAUAGCUAAUUAAAUGCUUGAUUUUACACUUGAAAUAACUGAAAUGUAGCUAAAAAAGCAGCUGUGAGCAGAUUUAAAGUUUCUUAGCAUGUGUACCGGUAAUCUGCAGAAAACUACAAGCAAAAAUGGGAGUAGGUUCUGUCACAUAACCUCCUGUGUUUCAUUUCUGCCUUACUCUAUCUAAUCUUCAGUCCUUUUCUCUGUUUUUGUAUGUCGUCAGCCCUUUGAGAAUCCAGUUCUUCCAUUGUAAUUUACAGUACAGUCACAUUCUAAAAACUUUGUGGAGCGCACUGACACUUUGCAGAUUUGAAAGCUCUCUAAGAGCAGUUCAAAUAUUUGAGAGUAUUGUUUUUUCUUCUAAAUACAUAAUUUAUAUUGACCUGUAAAUGGAUUUCAAAAAGUAAAUGAUUAUAGCAAACGAUGAAGCUUUUCCUAAUCUUUUUAUAUCAGUCAUUUACUAUUAGUGAAGAGUUUUGUUGCUUUAAAUAAAGUAUUUUGUGCUAUUUCUAAUAAUAAUGCAGAUUUAAGUGUUUACUCCUUAAAAAAACAAGUAAUUUAAACAAGUUCUUAAGUGAUUAAAAUAAUAAAAGGAGAUAUUAAGUUAAAAUAUUAUACACUUACAGGCUUUAGGACAAAUAUAGAAAUAUGUAAAAUAUAUUUGAAUUGAAUUUAAUUAUUUUAAAACCAAAUGAAGCAAAAACAAACUUGAAUAUAAGGGAGUAUCUAGUCUUUAGUAAAUUAAUCUGUUUGCAUUGUACGAUUUUCUAUGCAAGAUCUGCUACACUUUUCUACAUAAUAGUUUAAAAAUGUAGUUUUCUUAGUCCAAAAAUAGUAACCAUGCUAUUGAAAGGACCGCAGACUUGAAUGAUGCAUGCAGAUACUGUCCUGUCGACACGUUUGCACAGCAAAGUGUUGUUUUUAUUUUCAGAUACUUUCCUCGAGUUUGUACUGUCACAUUAACAGUUUAACAGCAUGUUUCAGAGCUGCUGCUGCUGCAUGGAUUACUAGAAAACUUUUGAAUGCUGAUUUUUAGCAGGAAAAACAAAACAAAAAGAACUGAAUUGCUUCUAAAGUUUUGGCAUUAAAGUUAGUUCUGAUUUUUACAUGAAAACAAACAACCACAAUCUAUACAGACGGAUGUCCUUCAUAUACUUCUCUUUGGCUGCUUACUUUAGGAGUCACCACAGCAAAUUAUCCUCUCCAUUUACAUCAACAUUCCUCCUUAACUUCAUCCUUCAACUUUCUCUUCUUUUAAGCCUCUUUUCUGGCAGCACCAACAUCAUUUGCUGUGCCAUGAAUUUACAACUAAAAAUUAAAUAUUUAGUAGUCUUGUGUUAAAACUUGUUUGCACUUUCUCUAUGAAUUCUAUCUUUCAGCGAUAAAGAUAAAGGCUGUUUAAGAAAGAAAAGACGUUUAAAGUUCCCAGCACCUCUUAAAAAUACCUCAUAUUUGUGAUGCAAACCCCUUUUAAAUAUCUAGUUAUGAUACUGUUUUAUAGUCCCACUUCUUGGGGUUCAAAUGUGUUCAACAGUGAUAUAUGCAAUGCUGAAAAUAAAGAUGUAUUAUGUAGUCUG